GACCGAUUGUCUGUUUUCGAUAGCAAUGAGGAAGUUCACCCUCUUGGACACCAUAGACGUGCCGCGAAGUGUAGGUUAGAUCGACUAACUUACAAGGUAGGUAUGGCUCCGAAUGGAGGUCUACCACAGGAGGGGGGUCUGGUUCCCAUGCAUUUUGGUGCCUCAGGCCACCGCCCCACUCUGUUUCCCCCUGGUUUUACAGCGAACAAAGAACAAGGUUCGAAAGGUCAACAACCUCCAGGGGCUGAUGCAUGCUGCUGCAGAGAAACGCACUCUCGGGGCAACCUACUCUAGACUUAGAAGCAACAGGUGACAAGUUGCCAACGACUGUGAUAACAAAAUAGAG